AUGUUCCUCGGGUACGAGGAGAUGCUCCGUGACCCUGUGGGGACCCUGAGGACGAUGGCGGAGUUCAUUGGGUGCACCUUCUCCCCGGAGGAGGAGGAGGAGCAAGGGGUGGACCGCGCCAUCGCGGAGCUAUGCAGCAUGAAGAAGCUCAAGAACGUGGAUGCCAACCGGAAGGGGCAGACGGGUUCGGGCGUCAAGGCCGACGCCUUCUUCCAGCAGGGGGUGGCCGGGGACUGGAGCAGCCACAUGACGCCGGAGAUGGGGAAGAUGGUGGACCAGGCUGUGGAGGACGGGCUCCGCGGGUCUGGUUUUAGCUUUGCCGAGUCGACUCCGGCCAACCCUCAACUUUGCCCAAAUAAAAAUGAUGAGUUGAAGCGAACCCAUAUCGUCCCCGGCACCAACUAG